GUCAUAUUCUUACAAAUAAUCUAGAUGAUAAUGCCUAAAGGAAAAAGAUGUAAAACAGAACAAAAUGUUUAAAUAGCACCAUGGAAAAUAAAGCUAUCAGAACAAAACCUGAUGGAUUGGUAUCAAGUAUACCAUUCUGUCGUGGUUUUCAUGGCAAACGUUACUUCAAAUUCAUUGUUUUCUUGUUGAUCGUUAUCCUUGAUACAGCGGAUCUCGCCAGUGACUGGCUGCUGUAUAAUGACGUUGCGAACACAAAAGAGGGCUUGGUUUAUGGACCACUUGAAGGAAGCAUCCGAUACGCACUUCUUGUAACUUGUAUCAUAGGAACCCAGUCAAUAACUAUUGAAAUAAUUAACUUAUCUCUGGAAAUUUUCAGAGGUAAUCCAUGGUUCGAUUUGGAACUACUAUCAGCCGUUAUAAUAUGGAUAGAAGAUGUGCCACAAAUUACAAUCAACGUUGUUAUUAUUGCCUGUCGUGAAGAAGCCAUCAGCUACUUUCAGCUUGUUAAAGCUUCUGUGCUAAUUGCUGGUGCUAUCAUCCGAGUUUUAUUCUCGUUAAUACUUUACUGCAGCAAUAAGGCCAUACGUGAUAUCAAGCGCGUUAAGAAAAAUCAUGAAUCAAGAAGUCGCGUUUUUAACAGAGCUUUGAUUAUGACUGGACUCAUCAUAACAUUAGGGGGUGCUGCAAUGGUCUUCUUGUUUACGCAGUACGAGCGAAAUCCUGAUGGCACAAUAAAUUUCAAAGUUCCAAACAGUUAUGUUGAGGGCGAGUACGAUGAUGCGAAAUAUUUCAACAAUGUCAGUAUCUAUUUUAGCCACGAACUAUUUGAUUGGAACACAACUGCUUCAAGGUACGCGGAACAUCGCAAUCUUUUCAGACUUUUUAAGAUAAAUGAAAUAAGACAAGAAAAAGUUGACAGGAUGAUUAUAAUUCAGUAUGACGAGCUCACUGGGCCAACAAAAUUUGUCAUAAAGGAAAGUGAUAUGAGCGGAAAUGUGCGAGUCAAUGAGUGCUUUCAGAUGGAUCGAACUGGAAAAAAUGUUACUAUUGGAUCUAACUGUACAGCUUAUAUUGCAUUAUCAAUUAAUGAAUUUGUGUUUAAAUUUCGCUACAUUAAACCUUAUGUUCCAAAACUUAUUUUUGGCGACAUAAAAUACAACAUUAAAGUCAAAUACAAUUCGGCUUCAACGUGCAAAUCGCCGGACUAUGUUAUUAGUAACAGUAUCAAAGAUCAGUCAAAUAAACGCGUAGCAUCUCUUCACUACUACAGAACUAAGGGCAGUCUUGAUGAGACAAACCACGUGAUACAUACGUCAGCGACACAUGGAACAUUCUACCAUUCUAGAAGCUUACAGGAUAUAAGAGAUGUAUGGAAAACUGGUUUCGCACACUGUAAGAGUACGGGAAGUCUUGCACCACACCAUGAUGACUCUAUUGAUGUACAAUGUACUUAA